UAUUACCGAUGAACAUAUGGCCAAUAUUUUGUCUCACGUCACAGGGCAGAAAAACAAACAGAUCUGGCAAUUUAAAAGAGUGGGGGUGGGUUGAUAGUGUGAGAGAGAGGAGCCCAGAGAGAAGUAGACAGAUAGCAUGCAGAAAGGAGUGCUUGAGAGUGAAUGAGACAUGUGGGUCAAUUGAAGAGAAGGACAAAUGUAUUUGCACAGGCAGAGAAGUGCAGUAGAGUAUCAGCGCUCCACCAUAUCAGCUGCCUUAUCUGUCUCUACAACUCCUGCUUACCUGGAAAGCCAUCAGUAGCCCCAGCUGUCUCCCAACUGGCUCCCUGCCUUUCAUCUGCCUCCAGGUUCAUGUGUGCACACCAACCUUAUAUGGACUGAUCGGCUCCAGCAAUGGCUUAUUCUUUUUUUCAGGCAGCAGGCAACAGCUCAGUGUGCUCAAGCCAGAGCCUGAAGUAAGGAGCGCACUUUGGCAUUUUUCCUGGACUUACAAACUAUUUGAGAGGAGGCUCUCUGUGAUAUCCCUCAUCUGCAGUAGAUCCACACAACCUUCUACCCAUCCGAGCUGGCUGAGGUCCCCCCUCCUGCUAAGACUAUCCCUGCUGCUCUUGUAUUUUUUAUUUAUUUUUAUUAUUAUUAUUAUUAUUAUUAUUCUCCCCCUGAUUGUCCUUGGCUCGCCUACAGGAUUGGCAUCACUGGUGAUACCUGCAAGCCACUCAGCACCAUUAUGUCUUCAUUAACCAACACAAAGACGGGCUUUUCAGUAAAGGACAUUUUAGACUUGCCUGAUACCAAUGAUGAAGAAGGAUCCAUUGCUGAAGGGGCGGAUGAAGACGCAGAAGGGACGGAGCCCCCCAAGAAAUCUGGGGGGUUAGGACAGAGUACCAUAGACGCUGUGCAAGGACUGCCUUUGAAAAACCCCUUCUAUGACAGUAGCGAUAAUCCUUACACACGGUGGCUGGCUACUACUGAGAGUAUACAGUAUUCCUUACACGGGUUUGCAUCCAGCAACUCCCAGCAGGACUCCUCGCCCAAAUCCCCCGAACCUUCUGCCGAUGAAUCCCCAGACAACGACAAGGAGACCUCCAGCAGCGCAGACUCUGGGAAGAAAAGGAAGAGACGGGUGCUGUUCUCCAAGGCUCAGACUUAUGAACUGGAGAGGAGGUUUAGGCAACAGAGGUACCUUUCAGCACCAGAGAGAGAGCACCUGGCCAGCCUGAUCCGGCUCACCCCCACCCAGGUGAAGAUCUGGUUCCAGAACCAUAGGUACAAGAUGAAGAGGGCUCGGGCAGAGAAAGGUAUGGAAGUCACUCCUCUCCCCUCCCCUAGACGGGUGGCAGUGCCAGUCUUAGUAAGAGAUGGUAAACCAUGCCACACGCUCAAAGCUCAGGACUUAGCGGCCACUUUCCCCGCUGGCAUCCCCUUCUCAGCAUAUAGCGCCCAGACAUUACAGCAUAUGCAAUAUAACGCCCACUACAGCUCUGCCAGCAACCCAACAGCCCAUCAUUACCCAACAGCCCAUCAUUUGGUGCCAGCCCAACAGUGGACUUGGUGAACUUUUCUAUAUACAGACUGAUGUGCUCCAAAAAAUCACUGAAAAAAGACUGUUGGGUAAAAAAAAUACAAAAAACUAUUAUUAUAAUUAUAAUUAUUAUUGAUCAUGUUUUUUAUUUUUGAUGUUUUUGUUUUUCUCAUGGAGGUCAAUCCAUUCUCCAAAUCCUAUCCUUCUGGUAUCUUGUGAACCAUGUUUACAAAACUGACCCAUGACAGUGUGAAUCUGCCUACCUACAACGCCAAGAGGAAUCAUUUGUUCUGCUUUUGUGACUAUAAUUAUUUUUAUUUUUUUUAUUAUUAUUAUUUUUGUAAAGUAUGUUUGUGUGCUGUAGAGAUGUUGUAAGUUGUCUAUAAAACCAGUGAAAUCACUUUAAAAAAAAAAACAGAGAAUUUUAUUUCCUUCUUUUAUAUGAAACUUUAAAUAUUUAUGCCCAUGUAAAAAAAAUUCUCACCAACUCCUAGCAAUUUUUUUUGUAAAUAUUUGUGUUUUUGUUGUCAUCAGUAACCUUCAGGGCGUUUUUUAUGCAACUAUUUCCCCAAAACACAAAACAGAAGGCAACAAAAAUUAAUUUCAAAUACAUCUGCAUAGAGAUAUACACCCAAUUAUUAUGUAUGAAAAAAAGAAAAAAAAACAGCAUCCUUGGGAGAUUUUCAAUUUUUAUAAGAAUUUUAAUAAAACGAUGUGUUAAAAAAGAAA